AUGGUCUCCAAACUGCGUCGGCUCAUCGCCGACCAUGCAGAUCUCCACAACAACGAACUCCCACCGAACUACCUCUUCUCCCCCACAGACAAUCAGCACUCCGACGAUUUGAGUCAACUGGUUGUAACUCUCGCUGGACCACACGGCACUCCAUAUUCAGCUGGAAUGUGGCGAUUACAACUCCGCAUCCCUGAAGAUUAUCCUGCAAGCCCUCCCAAGGCCGCUUUCAAGACACGUAUUUGGCAUCCCAACGUUGAGGAGUCGACAGGGGCAGUGUGCGUGGAUACCCUGAAGAGGGACUGGGAGUCCAAGUUGACAUUGCGCGACAUUCUUGUGACCAUAUCUUGCCUACUCAUCCAUCCCAAUCCAGACUCAGCCCUAAACCCCAUGGCUGGCUCCCUCCUUCAGGACGACUACAAUGAAUUUUCCCGCCAGGCACGCUUGAUGACGUCAAUACACGCACCAGUUCCAUUCGCCAUGAAGCACGCCGUUUUACAAGCCAAGCAACGAGGAGAAGACCCUGAGAUGACUAAGAGAGUCGAGAAGGACCCGGAAUUUCGAGAAUUGCGACAUGCAGCGAAGACGGCGUCCCUAGUUAUGAAGAAAAGAACCGGAACAUCACUACUGCAAGCUUCGAAUGUGGACGAGGAUAUGGACGAUGUUGAAGAUGAUUACAAGGAAAACGAUUCAUCCCUGUCGCCGGAGUCGAUUGCUGCUCCACCUGCUACCCAUGCUACUGCUAGGCGAAGCGGAGAGCCCAAACGGCCUCUGUCCGUCAUUCCGACCACUCCAGUCCUGGAUACAGACAUGGUCAUGCUCGACUUUGCAUCUGACGACGAGGGCAUACCGAGCGAUGGCAUGACGGCAUCAGAACGGAACAUUGCCGCGAACACCAACUCAUUCAAUUCUUCAUCUCCCUUUUCAUCUCAGAGUUCAUCAGUAUUCUCAAAUCACACGUCCCGACAGCAAACUUCCGUUUCUUCCCAGCCCUUUCCCAGCUUGCACAACAGCAGCAAUGACUCAACCUUGAACUCCUAUGCAAUAUAUGAGGACAAUAAUGACCUCGAAAACCUCAACGGACUCCUUAAUAGCCACAAUAACCAUCACCGUCGUCGUCCCACCUACGGCAAGGAGAACAUGACUGGCUCCUUUUCCUCACUACCGAAGGGACUGUCAAUUUCGUCGCUAUCACCAACAGAAUCUUCACCCUUCACAACUCCCACAGGUGUCUUCAUGAAGCCAAUCAGUGGAUCAUCAUCCUCAUCAUCACUAUCGUCGACUACAGCUGCUACAAAACCCUUGUCACCAACGAAGGUCACUAAGCCAGCUUAUAAUAGUAACAAUAGCGGCAGUGGCCUCAACACUCGCAAGGGAAUGUCCUCGAAGGGAAAACCUAGAAUCGGGCUGCGGCGACUUUGA